UGGGUGUGGUCAUUGUAUUUAGUACAUUAAGUAGUGAAUUUUUACCUCGGUUUUCAUCCAGUUUUAUUUAAAUACUAUGAGUCUGUACGAGCCUACAAGAGGCGGUAACAGAGGAGGAAAGGAUCAGUUCGCUUGGGAAGAUGUAAAAUCCGACAAAUACAGAGAGAAUUACCUGGCUCAUUCCUUGAUGGCUCCAGUUGGUAGAUGGCAGAAAGGGAGGGAUCUAACGUGGUAUACCAAAGAGUCAAAAGUAUCAGGAAGAAAGGAAGCUUUGAAAAACGAGGUUGCAGCUGUUAAAAGAGCUGAAGAAGAAGCUAUGGCACUCGCACUCGGUCAAAAGCUACCAGCUGUUAAAUCAGUUGCUCCUGGUACCAGCAACUUAUCAAAAAGAGAACUGAUUGAUGUCUGUAGGAGAAGAUCCUCCGAAGGUGCUACAGACACAACUACAGGACGCGAGAUUAUUGAAGGAAUUGGAUACAAGAGUCAAAAGAGACAGCUAUUGAGUACUUCAAAUCCAUCAGAAGAAGGCGUGACCAGUUUUGAAAGGGAAGGUGACAAAGAUUCAGAGAGACUCGUGUUGCAGAGAAAAGGAGAAAGGGAGAGGUUGUCAUCCUCUGAAUUUGGUCCAACUCUACCCCCAGGAGCCACUACUGGUCAAGCAACAUCUACCACUGAUAACGAUGGAAUGACUAAAAAAGAAAAGCAUAAACAGAGUAGAAAGAAGAAAAAGAAAUCAGACAAAAAAUCAAAAAAGGAAUCAAAAUCAAGAGACCACCGUAAACGAAAGAGAAAAGAGGCCACACCCACUAGCAGCGACUCAUCAGAUGAUGAUGAUGAUGACACUUACCUUAUAAGGAAGAAAGGAAAACACCGUCGUCAUGACGAUUAUGAAACAAAAAGAACUAGUAAAAAGCGAAGCAGCAAGAGGAGCAGACAUGACAGUAGCAGUGAUUAAAAUUUUAACAAAUUUUUUUGUCAGAGAUUUUUGUGAUUUAAGAAUCCACCAAAAAUUUUAUUCAUCAUUAAUUAUUAUCAUUAUUAUUCAAUCUACAGGCAUAGACAGAGUAGAAA